UCAUCGGUCCGCGCGCAACGGGGGAGAGAGGGCGCCAAGAGGAGAGAGGGUGAGCGGUGGGAUGAAAUUGGCUCUUGCUGGGAACUGGAUUCCAACUCGCAGCGUCGACAUGAGCGGCUCCCGAGGCGAGCAGCCCCCUGCCCACGCACAGGACACCCCUGACCUCAAGGUGACCUCUCCCCUGCGCACUCGACCCAAACCUCCCUCCAGCUUCAUCGGGAAGCUCCAGGCAAGCCUGGUGCUCCCCCCCUCGGCGCUCUCCCCACCCUCCUGCAACCCCGCGGUGAAGCGGUGGUCGGCCCCCGCGGGCUCCACCACUCAACUCUCCCCACUCGCCCCCCUCUCCCCCUCCGCGUCCCUCUCCCCCUGCUCCCCCGUGCGCCGUUUCCACCUGGGGACACGGCCCCUCUCUCCUCGGCCGGGUCCCGAGGCCCCAGCGGGCCCCGAGGUCCCAACAGGCACAGAGAGUCUCGGGCCCGAGACGGCAGGUCGAGAGACACUGCCCAGUCUCAACAAGGGUCGCCCACGCCACUCCGGUAAGCGGCGUCUCCCCAGCCGCUCCUCGCUGAAGGCGGCGGCGACGUCGGUGGCAGUGGAAGUGGCGAUGAGAAGCAAUGGGGGCGAGAGCCGGGGUCAGGGGGACGAUGCAGAGAAGAAGGAGGAGCAGGAGGAGCAAGCGGAUGACGAGGAGAACGAGGAGGGGGAGCGGAGUAGCCCUGGUCUCCGCGAGGGUGCGGAGCAGACGAGCGAAGAAACUGCAACUGGGGUUGAGUGCGACGGCGGUGCAGGAGGUGAAGGAGGUGGGGAUGAGGAAGAAAAAGUGGGAGAGGAAGCAGGAGACACAGGGAAAAUGGGGCCUGGGGUGGCAACCUCUGGGAAUGAAGAGGUGGAAGAGGAGGAGGAAGACGAGGUGUUUGUGUUGGAAGAGUGAGAUGCAGGUUCAUUGCUUUUGUGAACACUUUGUCAGUUCAUGGGUGUCUAUGCAACUCUGUGUCGCAUUGUGCAUUUGUGGGACUCCACAUAAGCGUAUGGGUCUCCACGUGGGUCUAUGGGUUUCUGUAUAAGUCUAUUGGUCUCUAUAUAAGUCUAUGGGUCUCUGUGUGAGUCUAUGGGUCUCUGUGUGAGUCUAUGGGUCUCUAUGUAAGUCUAUGGGUCUCUAUAUAAGUCUAUGGGUCUCUGUGUGAGUCUAUGGGUCUCUAUGUAAGUCUAUGGGUCUCUGUAUAAGUCUAUGGGUCUCUGUGUGAGUCUAUGGGUCUCUGUGUGAGUCUAUUGGUCUCUGUAUAAGUUUAUGGGUCUCUGUAUAAGUCUAUGGGUCUUUGUAUAAGUCUAUGGGUCUCUGUGUGAGUCUAUGGGUCUUUAUGUAAGUCUAUGGGUCUCUGUAUAAGUCUAUGGGUCUUUGUAUAAGUCUAUGGGUCUCUGUGUGAGUCUAUGGGUCUCUGUGUGAGUCUAUGGGUCUCUAUGUAAGUCUAUGGGUCUCUGUAUAAGUCUAUGGGUCUCUGUGUGAGUCUAUGGGUCUCUAUGUAAGUCUAUGGGUCUCUGUAUAAGUCUAUGGGUCUCUGUGUGAGUCUAUGGGUCUCUAUGUAAGUCUAUGGGUCUCUGUAUAAGUCUAUGGGUCUCUGUGUGAGUCUAUGGGUCUCUGUGUGAGUCUAUGGGUCUCUGUGUGAGUCUAUGGGUCUCUGUGUGAGUCUAUGGGUCUCUGUGUGAGUCUAUGGGUCUCUGUAUAAGUCUAUGGGUCUCUGUGUGAGUCUAUGGGUCUCUAUGUAAGUCUAUGGGUCUCUGUAUAAGUCUAUGGGUCUCUGUGUGAGUCUAUGGGUCUCUGUGUGAGUCUAUGGGUCUCUAUGUAAGUCUAUGGGUCUUUGUAUACGUCUAUGGGUCUCUGUGUGAGUCUAUGGGUCUCUGUGUGAGUCUAUGGGUCUCUGUGUGAGUCUAUGGGCCUCUGUGUGAGUCUAUGGGUCUCUGUUUGAGUCUAUGGGCCUCUGUGUGAGUCUAUGGGCCUCUGUGUGAGUAUAUGGGUCUCUGUGUGAGUCUAUGGGCCUCUGUGUGAGUCUAUGGGUCUCUGUGUGAGUCUUUGUUAACUCGGCUGAGACCAUCAACUCACUGCACUUGCGGUCUCAUCACAGGCAGCUCCCCGGAUCGCACCGCGCGAUCUCCUUGGAGACAACCGGUCAGCCCUUGCCUGCCUCGUCUGCUCGUCCGUCUCGUUUGCAGUGUCUGCACGAUCUGUGUCGUGUGCCUUCACUCGGGUUGUACAUUGUUGUGAUUUGCAUCGGAGGCAAUCGGGUUCCCGUGCUCGCGAUCGGACCGUGCCAGACGCGACGUCCCUGAUGAUCUCAGCUCUGACCCGCUAAUAAACUUGAC